AUGGUGAUGAGGCAACUUGCAGCCACCCAGACUUCCCUUGAAGACGCUUCAUGGAGUCUGUUCCCUACGAAUGCCUCUCAGGCAGGUACAUCCAGAUCUGCUCACUCUCCUGGUUCUGUCAUGUACCCAAGAGGUUCUAGUGGUUUGCGUGUUAGGCCAACAUCACAAUCUUCAAACGACAACUUAGUAAGUAUACUUGCCAUGGCUGAAACAGUUCGGGAAGUACUACCCCACAUCCCUGAUGACAUAAUCUUUCAGGAUUUGCAGCGGACAAAUUCUGUGACGGUCACUGUGAAUAAUCUUUUGCAAAUGCGAUAUUAG